ACUACUGAUAACAAGUACUUGUAGUCUUCGCAACAAUAUCUUCCUUCGCCUUCGCCUGGCUUCCAUAUCUCUUCCUUAUUUUCAUCUCAGCCCUUCUGGAAUGUCAUCUUUCCACUUCGCCCACCGCCAGACGAGUCUGUUCCACAAGAACGCUCCAAGCGUGGUUUCUCCAGUCGUCGCGUUCGCUCAAACUCGUCAGUGGUGCUCGCAACCAUGAAACCGAACCAACCAGGGGCGGGAAGUGAGGGCGGGGGUGAACAAGGUAAAAGUAUUGAUGAUGUAAGCGCUGUUUCGAUUCUCACCCUGUUAUCUCAACACGACGACCUUCAGCACGACUACUCAGCGCCAGAAAGGAUAAAGCCAAACGGCGAGAUAAACCUCCCGCCGACGAGCAGAGCCCACCGUCUUAUGAUCGCACUCUCACCGCCCACCUCUAUGGCACAGAUCAUCGAACACUCUUGGAAAGACUACUGCAGUCUCGAGGGGACAAAACCCACACAUUCUAGUACUCGAACUGCAAAUGUACCCCAACCAAUACUGCGCCAGCUCUGGCACUGGAAUUCCAGCUUAUUUCCCGUAAGAUCUUCUAGACGUCCUGUCGAUGUUGCUGAUUGCCGCGAUGAAGACGUGAGUAACUCGUCAUCACUCCCCUUCCAUAUUAUUGAAAUCACUCUGCAGAGAUACGCCAUCGCUCCUGAAUCUGAUACAGAAGCGACUCCAGCCAUGCUACGCACCAAUGACGAUGUGGCCGGUAGUUCAAUGCGACCAGGUCAACCUGCAAUGGGGGUACUUAUGCCUCAAAGACGGCCCACACAAACACAAGCCUCGACAAGCGAGCCAGAAGAAAUUGGAAUCAACUGCUGUGGAUUUUUCUUUGGUCAUCGUCGUUCCAACUAGUCACGGGUGCAUUUACUGAGACACUCACUCGGAUAAUUUUUUUAUGUACGUCUUAUAUGGACUACAUAUCUCAUACCCAGCUCUGCGCAGUCCCAUGUGCACGAGCAGUAUUAUAAUUUGCCUGGCUGACCGCAUACUAUCAACUCAGUUCGAACGAGCCGCAAGUUGUCCCGAGAUUCAAUCGACUGGAAGG